AUGGCUGCGCUAGAUGCCAGCGAUUCAGACUCGACCGAUGAGUCAUUGGAAUAUGUCAACUUGCAAGAGCAGGCUAAUAAAGAUGUACACCUUGCCACUGUAGCCGCAGCGCCAACCAUCGCAACCUUGCAACCUACUAUGUUCACUGUUGACACUCCUCGACUUGAAGUUGCAGCCCCAGGGCCUGCUGUCAUUCCACAACCUUCUAUCUCAACUCCACCUAUUCCGACACCCAUGGCACCGCAUGCAGAGACUUCGGCCAAUCCCCAGGAUCAGAGUGAGGAUGCAUUACCAGCCGCCGGGCUUAUUGGUGUUGCCAAAUCUCAGGCAAAGACAUCCAGGGGCAAGAAGAAACCUAAGUCGUCGGCCAAUGAUAUCACAACUAUUUGCCGCUCCUCACGUCACACAACAACAUGA